UCAUGUCAACACACUUAAUACCCGUAAGAUCGACCACCUCUAGAGCGGAGAGAGAAAACAGACCAGGAGAAAAGUCAACGAUAUCUGGCUGUGAAAAAAACAUGCCAUAUACGUACUAUUUUGAAGAUAUGUUUCUUUUCAAAGAAAAAGAAUUAGCAGAAAAGGAAAGGGAAAAAAUUAUGAACCGUGGUAGGAAAGUACAUGAAAAAACUACUUUUUCAUCCAGAAUGAAGAAUCGAUCACAUCUGGGAGAAAUAAAUAUUCCCGCUGAAUCAGCUUCUUGUGAUCUUGGUCUGGAUUCUGCCCUUAUCCUCAGCUUUGUAGAAAGAACUGCUGAUGGAAAAAAAUCCAUACAAGAUUUUAUUCGUGAUCAAAGAGAACGGUUUUUGCUGGAGUACACAUUAGCGACCAAAAGGAAAACAAUGAUGAAGCUUCAGAGAUGUAUGGAGAUGAAAGAGCAGCAAUUCCUUAAUGCAGAAAAAAGACUUCAAGAAGAUGCCUUUGCUUUUGAAGAAUUUCUCCGAGAAAAUGACCAGAAAUCAGUAGAUGCUGUGAAAAUGGCAGCACAAGAAACCAUUGGCAAACUCCAAAUGACGUCAGAGCUAAAGAAGGCCAACUUGGAAAUCCAGUUUGUGAAAAGUGAAAUUAUGAAAACUGAAUUCCUCCUUAAAGAGUACAUGAAAUAUGGAUGUUUUUUACUGAAAUUAUCUCCCAAGACCUGGCAAGUCCAGCAAGCAUUAAAAAAAAUGAAAUCUAAAGAUACUUCUGCAGUCCCUAGUCUUCCAAAACUGGUGUCAAGGGCACCACUUCCUCCAAAGGGUCGAACAUCCAAGGAAAACAUUGAGAUGACCAAGAAGACGGGGAAUAUGGAAGACUCUAGCCGUUUAAGAGGUUUUCAUCAGGAUUCUGGAGGGAUCGAAGCGGGGAUUCCCUCCCGAAGAAAGAAAAACUUAGAAGGUGGCCAUCACAAAGCCUGGGAAAGGGACCUGUACUUUCACCAGAGGAUCAAGAUCAAUAAUGAUUGGAAAAAACCAAAGAAAGGCUCAUUUGAAAAAAAGAAACCCCCAUCACCAAAGGCUGCAAGUAUUAGUUCAGAAGACAGUUUUGAUUUCAGUAUUGAUGAAAUAGACUACGAUUUGGAACCAGAGCUUUACUUCAAAGAACCAGAAGAGUUACUGCAGGUCCUCACCGAGCUGGAAGAGCAGAAUCUUACUUUGGUACAAUAUUCCCAAGAUGUCGACGAAACUCUAGAUGACGUAUCAAAAAGAGAAAAGGCUAUACAAGAUAAAGUGAAUAGUAGCAUAGAGGCUCUAAUGGAUCAAAAAGAAAUGCUUAAGACUAGCUGUGCUCGAGAAGAAGAAAAAGCAGCAGAAUUGGAACUAAGGUCGCGGCUAUUUAAUUUUGGAGAGUUUAAUUCCGAAAUUCAGGAAAGACUGAUAGAAUCCCUAAGUAGAAAAGUCAAUCAAGUGUAUAAGGUCUGCAUUGGAGAAGUGGAUGUGACCAACCUCAACCCCGUUCAAAAGCUGGUCAAAGUAGAGUCCCGACUGGUGGAGCUGAGCGAUCUGAUUGAUUCUGUUCCUAAAGAAAACAUCGAAGCCAUUGAAAAGGCGAAGCAGAGGGAAAGAAGACAAAAAAUGCGUGAAGAGAAAAUGAAAGAAAGGCAGAAAUCCCAGGAAGAAAAAAUAAGAAUUGCCCUAGAAAGAGCAGUAUCAGAACCAAAGAGAAAGAUGGGAAGGAAACUUGUCUAUCGUUCACAGCCUCUCACGGAUAUCAAACAAGAAAUCCUCUUUGUGGAUGACACAAAGUCAAAAUUACUGGAGGAGCAGUAUUUUUUUACUUGA